AUGCCUCUCCCAUUUCUCGAGAGCGUCAUGGCCGAGGGCAUCCCGGAAUGGGUGCCCGAAGCACGGAUCCUCAUCACGGCCGCCGUGGUCAUUGGCCUGUUAUACGCGAUCAAGACUUACAGCGGCGGAUACAUCAACAUGUCAGACAGAGAUAUGCAUGGUCGAGUCAUCAUGAUAACGGGCGGAACAUCGGGGAUAGGUGCUGUCACUGCGCAUGAUCUGGCAGCGCGUGGUGCACAAAUCAUCCUUCUGACGCGACUGCCGCCGGGCGAUGCUUUCCUCGCCGACUAUAUUGGCUCCAUGCGCAAGAGCACCAAGAACCAGAUGAUUUACGCCGAACAGGUGGACUUGUCUUCACUCCACAGUAUCCGACAGUUCGCAACAAAGUGGAUCGACAAUGCUCCUCCAAGAAGGUUGGACAUGAUUAUAUUAUGCGCGGCAACCCUGACACCGCCAGGAGGAAAGAGGGUGGAGACCACCGAGGGUAUCGAGGAGACGUGGAUGGUCAAUUAUCUGGCCAACUUCCACCUCUUGGGAAUACUGAGUCCAGCCAUACGAGCCCAGCCAUUCGAUCGAGAUGUUCGGAUUAUCAUUGCAACAUGCCCCGCCUACAUAUCAGCGCCGCCUCUGAGCACUGCACUAGACAAGAAGAGCUGGUCACCUGGUAAAGCUUAUGCGCGGAGCAAAUUGGCCAUGAUGGUGUUUGGCCAGGCUUAUCAGAAGCACCUAGACUCAUACAAGCGGCCAGACGGACUGCCAAUGACCUCGAGGGUUCUCUUUGUAGACCCAGGUCUUGCACGAACUCCCGGUAUGCGACGCUGGAUAACCCGUGGUUCGAUCUGGGGUCUCUUUCUGUACGUCUUGGGCUACUUUUUACCCUGGCUCUUCCUGAAGAGUGCCGAGAUGGGUGCCCAAGUGCUUCUGCAUGCCGCUCUGGAACCCAGUCUAGUACGAGGUCCUGGCGGCAAGUUGCUCAAGGAAUGUAUCGAGGUCGACUUUGCCAGGAAGGACGUCAAGGACGAGGCAAUGGCCGAAGAACUUUGGAAAUCCAGCGACAAGCUCAUCGAAAAAACGGAGAAGGAACAAGCUGCCCUGCGAGCUCUUGAGAAGAAGGCCAAGGAAAUGAAGGAGGAAGAAGACAAGAAAGCUGAGCAGGUCAAGGAUAUUGAGUCUCUCGUGGGCACCAUCAAGAAGGGCAAAGAGGCGGAGAAUGCCAAGUCGAGAAGAAAUCGCAAAAAGGCAACUUGA